AACAAAACUUCUCCCUCUUUAUUGUCUUCUCAGUUCCUCCGUUGAAUCACAAUCUGACAAAUUCACACUCCCAGCAACUUACAAUAUCAACCACCCAAUUCUUCCCUUCAUUUCCAUGGCUUCUAUGUCUUCCACCCUCCCUCUCCCUUCAUCACCCAUUCUUCUCUUAAAUUCCCCCCCACCAUCUCUCUUUUCUUCUCCACUCACUUCUCCAUGGAUCUCUGGUCUUGGAUUUCCGACCUCCCCAAUUCCGACGAUUGGACGACUCACUCCUCUUCUUUCACCUUCAACCUCGCCACCCAUGGAAACUCCUCCAUUCAACUCACUGCCCACCGCUCCACCGCCUCUGAUUCCGAUACAUCUCUUAGUUUCGCCCUUGAACUUAUUGGGUUCUCCUCAUUUGGUGAGACGAAGACCUUAUGGGUUUCCAACGCCUGUCCUCUCUCUUCGGAUAAGCCAUUCCUUCCUCUGAUUCUUCAACUUCUUCAAGAAAUCAUUUCCCGGUCACCUGCCGGGCAGAAGAGCACCUGCCCUCGAUCUCGUUUACAGAAACUUAAACCCGACCCGGUUUCCUGGAUCAUGGAUUCUCACUCGCCGGAAUCUUUCUCCGGCUUUUUUAACCUUAUCUUUCUCAUCCGACUGUUCUGGGUUUGCGCUUGUGAUGCUCCCGCUGAAAUUGGCUCUUUCUACUUCAAUUACUUGCUUUCUCCACACCUUGAAGCUCUGUCGUCCAACCACGCACCGGUAUUGCGAACGUUUCUCAUCACCAUUGGCGUGGAUGCUGAGCUCUGUUUCACUCGCACGCUUGGGUAUGUAAUAGCGAAAUGGCUAAUUCUUAGAGAAGUCGGCGUUGGGUUGCAGACGUUAACCCACACGCCGCCAAAACGAAGCCUUGGUUUCACUUACGCGACGGAGGCGCACGGGUUGUGGAUUUUGAAAGGUCACACUCCGGUUAUGGGGAUGAGAGUUACAAGGGCCGGUGGCGGUGGUCGGAAGUAUCAGUUUCCGUUAAUCGAAGCGAAGGAAUCGGCGUUGAGAUACGCUUUGGCUCACCAGCAGCUAGAGGCGGUUAUUCAGUUAGAAUAUUCGGUUAAGUACCACGAGGGCUAUGUCCACGUAGGAGCACGUGUGGACAACAUAAGACUACACGUGGCGAGGCUGGCCCUCGGGAGCGUUGAUGACGUGGAGUAUGCGGAGGAGAGGCAUUUCGUUUCACGAGUUCGGGUCUGGAUCGGACCGGAAGUGGGAGCGAAUUAUGUCGGGGCGAUGAGUUUGGGACGGUCAACGGAGAACGUUGAACGGGAAGUGAAAGUGCAGAAGAUUUUGAAGGGUAGAUAUGGAAAAGCAAAAAUGUCGACGGUGAAGGCUACGGCGAGGACAUCGACAAGAACGAAGAUGAGGAACUGGAGGUGGGAUCAGGAGGCGGAGGGGAACGCAGCGGUGUUCGAGGCAGUGCUGUGCGACAACACGACGGGGAAUGAGGUUGCGAUGAAGAAGAAUUCAGGUGGGAGCGAGAACGGGGAGGAGGGGUUUGUGAACCGGUAUAGCGGAACGAACCGGGCAUUUAGUAAAAGCGGAGGAGUGGUAUUUGCGGGAGAUGAGUAUGGGGAGGAGGUGGGAUGGAGGUUGAGUAAGGAAACGGACGGGAGUGUGUUGAAAUGGCGAAUUGGAACCCAAAUUUGGUUAACUUACUAUCCAAAUGAGAUGAGAAUUCCUUAUUUUGAAACAAGGUUUGUGGAGUGGUGUGAUGAAGUUGAUUUGCCUCUGCUUCCCAUCAAAUGAAACAUUAAAACUACCAAUCUAUAAUGUAUCUUACCAAUUAUAUGUAAGUAACAACAAUUAUAAUUAUUAUUCUAUUCUAUUGAUCUAUUCUAUUUGCUUUAAAUCCUAUGGUAAUCAAUACUAAACUUAAAACUA